AGCAAGCGCAAGCCAAAUAGUAGACAAGCGUUCCCCUCUGCAAACAGUCACAUUCAAGAGCUCAAGCCAAAGAGACACUCGAGCGGACCAGCAGCAGCAGCAGCAACAUCAGCAACAUCAGCAACAGCAGCAACAGCAGCAGCACCCAGCACACAGCAACCUCAGUGCUCCAGCUCCCAGCUUCAGACUUCAGUGGCCAACAGCCAGCUAAAUAUCCACGUUCGUGCGUCGGUGUUUUGUGGCCGCGCCGUGCGGCAGACAACAAAAAUAAAAUAAAGCAAAGAAAAGUAAAGAAAAAGAAUCAAAAUCAAAAUAGCAAAUAAUAUAUAUAGAGCCGCAUUAUUUUAUAUAUCCCGCACAAAUAAAUUAAUCGCAGUGUUCGAGUGUGCACAAACAAAAGCUUAGAACUUUCGCCAGCCCAAAACAAACAAGUGACAAACAAGUGCGCCGAGUGCUCUCGAUAAAAUGCCAGAAAAAUGCAAAUCCAUUGAGGCAGUGUUAGUGCAUUGAGAUUUAUAUAUCGAAAACAAAGCCACGUUUCACGCACACUUUUCAUUUUUUCGUUUAUAAUAACGCGUUGUGCACAACGCGUUGCCUUUUCCAUCGAUCGACCAGAGGGCAGCGCGUCCAAAAGCCGGCAACAUAACGGCGCAACUAUUGAACAGCUUUCUGAAGGGUAGCCCCCACCAGACCACCAUUGACAUCAUGCAGAAGCUCUACGCGGAGCCGCCGCCCAGCAGUGCUCCGGUGAGCAUGGCCAGUUCGGGCGGUCCUCCCUCCGGCGGGGGCGGUGGAGGGGGAGGCGGCGGCGGAGGAGGCUGGCCCCCGCCGCCCAGCAACCAGAACCCGAAUCCGACGAGCAACGGCGGCACCAUGAGUCCCCUGGCCCGCUCCGCCUACACAAUGAACAGCAUGGGCCUGCCGGUGGGCGGCAUGUCCUCCGUUUCGCCACAGGCGGCGGCCACCUUCAGCUCCAGCGUCCUGGACUCGGCGGCGGCGGUGGCCAGCAUGAGCGCCAGCAUGAGUGCCAGCAUGAGUGCCAGCAUGAGCGCCAGCAUGAACGCCAGCAUGAACGGGAGCAUGGGUGCGGCGGCCAUGAACUCGAUGGGCGGCAACUGCAUGACCCCCAGUUCGAUGAGCUACGCCAGCAUGGGAUCUCCGCUGGGCAACAUGGGCGGCUGCAUGGCCAUGUCGGCGGCGGGACUGAGCGGCACCUACGGGGCCAUGCCGCCGGGAUCGCGGGAGAUGGAGACGGGCUCGCCCAAUUCGCUGGGCAGAUCGCGCGUGGACAAGCCCACCACCUACAGGAGAAGCUACACGCACGCCAAGCCGCCGUACAGCUACAUCUCGCUGAUCACCAUGGCCAUCCAGAAUAACCCCACCCGGAUGCUGACGCUCUCGGAGAUCUACCAGUUCAUCAUGGACCUGUUUCCGUUCUACAGGCAGAAUCAGCAGCGCUGGCAGAACUCCAUCCGGCACUCGCUGAGCUUCAACGAUUGCUUCGUGAAGAUCCCCAGGACGCCGGACAAGCCGGGCAAGGGAUCGUUCUGGACUCUGCACCCGGACUCGGGGAACAUGUUCGAGAACGGGUGCUACCUGAGGCGGCAAAAGCGGUUCAAGGACGAGAAGAAGGAGGCCAUUCGGCAGCUGCACAAGAGUCCGUCGCACAGCAGUUUGGAAGCGACCAGUCCGGGCAAGAAGGAUCACGAGGACUCGCACCAUAUGCACCAUCACCACCACAGCCGGCUGGACCACCACCAGCACCACAAGGAGGCGGGCGGGGCAUCGAUCGCCGGGGUGAAUGUGCUGAGUGCGGCGCACAGCAAGGAUGCGGAGGCACUGGCCAUGUUGCACGCCAACGCCGAGCUGUGCCUCAGCCAGCAGCCGCAGCACGUGCCCACCCACCACCACCACCAGCACCACCAACUGCAGCAGGAGGAGCUGACGGCGAUGAUGGCCAACCGGUGCCACCCGUCGCUGAUCAGCGACUACCACUCCUCGAUGCAUCCGCUGAAGCAGGAGCCCUCCGGCUACACGCCCUCCAGCCACCCGUUCUCCAUCAACCGCCUGCUGCCCACGGAGUCGAAGGCGGACAUCAAGAUGUACGACAUGAGCCAGUACGCCGGCUACAACGCCCUCAGUCCGCUGACCAACUCACACGCUGCCUUAGGCCAGGACUCCUACUACCAGAGCCUCGGCUACCAUGCGCCCGCCGGAACCACGAGCUUGUGACAUCACCAAUACCCGCUGGCUUAAGGACGCGCGGAGCAGAUGCUGCGCUCGCAGCAGCAACAGCACUUGCAGCAGCAGCACCAGCAACACCAGCAGCACCAGCAGCAGCAGCAGCAGCAGCAGCAACAGCAGCAACAGCAGCAGCUGCAGCAGCAGCAGCAGGCGGCGCAGCAACUGACAUCCGCUUCCAACACACCAGCAACAUCAGCAGCCAAGGCCAGCGGCAAGGCGGGAUCGGGAUCGGGCUCGGGCUCAGGAUCGGGAUCGGGAUCAGGAUCGGGUUCAGGAUCUAACUACUCACAGAAGCUGCACCAGCAACACCAGCAGCAUCAGCAACAGCAGGCCCAGCAGCAACACCACCAGCAGCAACAGUUGCUGCAGGAGCUGCAGCAGGAGGACUCCUCGAACAUCACCAGCGAUCUGAGCGAGGAGCAACUGCAGCAACACCAGGCGGCGCAGCAGCAGUUGUACAACAACUACCAGCAAUAUGCCGCGGCGGCGGGCUACCGGAACUGGAAUCACAGCCUGACUUUCAACGGGGCCGCCGCCCUGCAGAAUCUGCUGUAGCUGUAGGGAUCGACGGGCAGCGGCUUGGUCGCUGGCCUGCCAAUUAGCGAGUGCAGUGCCAGUGGCUUUUAGCACCUGGUCGACCGCCCAGUCGCAUCCUUUGAGCACGUGAGUUCUCAAGUUCUGGCCGCGACUCGCACUUGUACAUAUGGAGGGGCCGAGGGGUCGAGACGCUGCCUUUUUGAGUUGUCCAGUUCCAAUACAAAACACCAUUCUGUUCCCGGGGGGCUUAGGUUAAUCCGUUAAUUCGAGGAGGAGCGAAAGAAAAAGUGAUGUAGUUGUAAGUGCAGCAGAACUUUUGUUAACAUUUUUACGUUUUGCUAAUACAAAUACAAAAUAAUAAUUCCGUGCCAUUUGUUUUCGUUGUUUCGAAACAAGCAAUAACAAUCAAAGCGGUUAUAACUAAAAAUUUAAACAUUUUAAAUGUAACACCGAGUGGAGAACAGAAAGGUAUAGAGAUAUAUAGAGAGAGAAAGAGAGAGAGAGAGAGAAGGGAUCGUGUGUAAUGUUCUUUCAGAAUACAAAAACCUUAACUAAAGCAGUCCCAAAAAGAGAGAUACAAAUACUAAAUCCUUUAUCCAAAGGCAAUCGCAAUCGAAUUCGAAUCGCAAAUGAUCAAAACCAAAAAGAAAUCUAAAAUCUAAAUCAUCAUAUUCAGCAGCAGCCCAGCAAACACCCUAAGAAUCUUCAAACUAUCUAAGCAACAAAAAUCUGGCCAUGCAUAAGGAAACGACACGUUUUUAUUGAAUAAUUUAUCAAAAUCCCAUUUAUAUAUAUACGCGCAUCGAUAUACGCCAAAUGUAUCGCAAAAUCCCGCAUUUCAUUUACAUUGUGUGUCUUCUGUUGUUGUACGAAUUCGUUAGGCUAAGGCAUUUUGUAAAUAAUCUAUAAAUAGAUACCUUUAAGCAACCUCCCCCCCUCAAAAAAAAAACAAAAAAAAACCAACAUAACUAAGGCCCCACUUGCAACUUUUAACUAACUCGAGAAUUAAUCAAAUUGUAUGAAAUUAUGCCACACCACUUGAAAGUAAAUAUAAUAUAAAUAUAAAUAUUGUAUAGCAUUUAACAUUUAAUUAGCAUAAAUAAUGAAAGCAAAACACAAAAGGAAAAAAAAAUCACAUA